AUUCUAUAAAAAAACUUGUUUAAAUAAUGUCUAAUUUAAGAAUCUGAGUUUGAGCUUGGUUGCGAGGUUUAAAUUUAAUCUGUGACUUCAGUGAGGUGUUUUCAACCCCGUUCAGUCACAUAUAAAUCUCAAUAUGGGUAUCAGAGCGGGAGUUCCAGGCCUUUUCGGCACAAUUUCAGGCUUCAAAGUCACACCCUUUUGUAAAUCAGCCCUCAAAUUUCAAUUAAACUUAAAUCGCCUUAUUUUUUCCACUAAAUCAAAGUUAUCCUCCAAGAACCAUCUUAAUCGUAAUUUAGUAAACAGUAAUAUUGGUAGUAAACUGGACAAUUUGUUACCAACUAAUAUAAACUUUACUUCACCAAGAAGAUUUCAUAGUAAAUCACAAAAUGUAGUUAAUAAGUCAGGAGACCAAUCUCCAGUAUCUGACACUGGUAAGAUGAGGAAGGGGUACAUAUCCCAGGUGAUAGGUGCUGUUGUGGAUGUCAGAUUUGAUGGGCCUCCUCCGCCAAUACUUAACGCGCUUUGGGUUGACAAUGAUGGUACUAAGUUGUCCCUGGAGGUUGCUCAGCACUUGGGUGACGGCGUUGCCAGGAGCAUAGCUAUGGGUGCAACUGAAGGCCUAAUGAGGGGUCAGGAGGUCCUUGAUACUGGCUCUCCAAUCACAAUUCCAGUUGGUACUCCAACUCUGGGUAGAAUUAUGAAUGUAACGGGGGACGCAAUUGACGGCUUUGGCCCAAUUAAAUCUGAGCAUCACUUGCCAAUUCACAGGCCUGCUCCAUCAUUCGAGGACCAGAAGAGUGAUGAGGCUCUUUUGAUUACUGGAAUUAAGGUUGUGGACCUUCUAGCCCCCUACGCCAAGGGAGGCAAAAUCGGUUUAUUCGGCGGUGCUGGAGUUGGGAAAACAGUCCUCAUCAUGGAACUCAUCAACAACGUCGCGAAUAAACACGGAGGAUACUCGAUAUUCGCAGGUGUAGGUGAACGUACCAGGGAAGGAAAUGAGCUCUACCAUGAAAUGUUAUCCACUGGAGUUAUCAAACGUACUAUCAAACCCAACGGUAAAGGUGACGAAGCUGAUUUUACUGGAAGCAAGGCCAGUUUGGUGUAUGGACAGAUGAAUGAGCCACCAGGUGCCAGAGCUAGAGUUGCGUUGACUGGUCUUACCGUGGCAGAGUACUUCAGAGAUGAACAGAACCAGGACGUGCUUCUGUUCAUCGAUAACAUCUUCAGAUUUACUCAAGCAGGCAGUGAAGUCAGUGCCCUUCUCGGGAGAAUUCCAAGUGCUGUUGGUUACCAGCCAACACUAGCCACGGAUUUGGGUUCUCUCCAGGAGAGAAUUACAACCACAAAGAAGGGCUCAAUCACCUCAGUUCAGGCCAUUUACGUGCCUGCAGACGAUAUCACAGACCCUGCUCCGGCCACCACAUUCACACACUUGGACGCAACAACUGUUCUUUCCAGGCAAAUUGCGGAACUUGGAAUUUAUCCAGCUGUAGAUCCACUAGACAGCACCAGUAGAAUGCUCAGUUCUCACAUCGUUGGUGAACGCCAAUAUAACGUUGCAAGAGCGGUUCAAAAGAUCCUUCAAGACUAUAAAUCACUACAAGACAUUAUUGCCAUCUUAGGUAUGGACGAGUUGAGUGAGGAUGACAAGUUUGUUGUUGCCCGUGCAAGGAAGGUUCAGAGGUUUUUGUCACAGCCGUUCCAGGUUGCUGAGGUGUUUACUGGCAAGCCAGGCAGGUUCGUAGAGUUGCCCGACACCAUUGAUGGAGCAGAGCAAAUCCUAAAUGGAAGCUGCGAUGACUUACCGGAAAUGGCAUUUUACAUGGUUGGAGACAUCAAGGAGGCUAAGGAAAAGGCUGUUGAAAUGUUGAAAACUAGAUCAUAAUCUUUUAUACCACUA